CAAUGCCCUUUUAAAAACUAUCAUUGCUAGCAUCCUAGCAUCCAGCUGAUUGUUGUGAACUGUCAACAAUGUUAUUACGAUGGAUUUGACGACUUUGCUGCAAAGACGCAUAGCGACUAAGAAAGAUGAGUUCGACCCUCAAGAAUCUGAAAAAUACGAAGAAGAUCACUUUCAGUCCGUUUAUAAACAGUGGAAAGGCACGAAAGUACAGGACAGUGAUGUGACAUAUAAAAUUAUACCGAAAUUUUACUUUAAGCUACCCAAAGAAGAUGAAAUAUUACCACAAAAAUUGCGAGAAGAAACUCGUGCAUUAUUUCUCCAAAGGAGAUCUCGUCAAUUAUUGGACAAUAACGAGCUAAAAGCCCUGUGGUCGUUAUUGGACAAACAUCACACUCCGCCGUUGAUGGGCGAUGAACAACUUAUCAAUUACGAAGAUUUCAAGCGCGCUGGAAAACUUGCCGGACCAAAAUGCAGCACCUAUUUCACAGCAGUUGUCUUUGCCAAAUUACAACAGGGAGAUCCUCAUGGUCGCAUCAGUAUAAUGGCUUUGUUCAAUUAUGUUAUGAGAAAAGUUUGGCUCCAUCAAACUAGAAUAGGUCUCUCCUUGUACGACGUUACGGGACAAGGAUUUCUUAGAGAAUCUGACUUGGAAAAUUAUAUCCUGGAGUUGAUACCCUCUCUACCACAGUUGGAAGGAUUAGAGAAAUCUUUCCAUUCGUUUUACGUCUGCACCGCAGUAAGAAAAUUCUUGUUUUUCUUGGAUCCACUGCGAACUGGUCGAGUACGAAUCCAGGAUAUUCUGGCCUGCAGUUUUCUUGACGAUUUAUUAGAACUUCGAGACGAAGAUUUACCGAAAGUUCUUCAAGAGGCCAACUGGUUCUCAGCACCCUCAGCACUCAAAGUUUACGGUCAAUAUUUGAAUUUGGAUCGCGAUCACAACGGCAUGCUGAACAAAGAGGAAUUGUCUGGAUAUGGAACUGGCACUCUGACGGGCGUGUUUCUCGAGAGAGUGUUUCAAGAAUGUCUCACCUACGAAGGAGAGAUGGACUACAAAACUUAUUUAGAUUUCGUCCUCGCUCUCGAAAAUCGUCACGAACCUCAGAGUCUUCAUUAUCUUUUUCGUAUACUCGACAUAAACAAUCAAGGAUACUUGGACACGUUUUGCCUCAAUUACUUCUUCCGGGCAAUUCAAAAAGAAAUGACGAUACAUGGACAAGAGCCAGUAACUUUCGAAGAUGUAAAGGAUGAAAUAUUUGAUAUGGUGAAACCGGCAGACCCAUGCAAAAUCACGCUGCAAGAUCUUCUUUCCUGCGGUCAAGGUGAUACAAUGGUCAGUAUUCUCAUUGAAUUUCAUGGUUUUUGGGCUUACGAGAAUCGUGAAGCAAUGGCCGCUGACACCGGAGAUGAAUCUUCUCAUGUGUGAUUGAAUGAAUUUCUCCUUUAAUAAAUUAUUCCUUUUUUUAACUGUAAUUUUUAUGAUUUCGUUGGUGCAUUUUUUAUAUUUGUUCAAAUAAAAAAAAAUUUUUAAUCAUUGCCUAUGCAUGUUUCAAAAAUUCAACUACAAUUUUAUUGCAGCCCUAAGUGUGGAAAAAAAACUACUUCCAAGUUGGAUAUUUACUACAAAUUCGCGGAAAGGACAAUAAAUACCCUGCAAAUGAAAUAAGUAAAACGCGGUUUAUGGAUCUAUCCCUUGAGAAAUUUCAGGUUAUGGGUAUCCCGCUACGAGUUCUCUGACCAAUCUCUGACUAUAAAAGAAUUUGAGGUGGGGAGGAUUGAUGCCUUUGAAUUCUCCGAUAUUUCUUUUGUUAUAUAGCAAACGCGUAGUAAAUGUUGAGCCGUUUUAGUUUGGGUAUAGAAGGUUACCAACGAUUUUUUCGAUGAUAUUCAUUUAGUAGGCAAGCAGCUGCCGUAGACGCCACAAGUGUGUUAUAACCUUGUGAAAAUUAUUUUAAACACGAAUUUUGUAAGUCGUUCAAAUUAGGUGUUAUCAAUCAAACAUUGAUUGUCAUGGAGUCUCCAAACGAAGAUGAUUUACAAGAAACAUCUACUUCUACAGAUAUGGGGCAUAAUGAAAAUUCACAUGGAGAUGACGAGCUGGGGAACGAAAGUUGGGAUAACUGUUUCCUUUGCGAUAAACCUAUGGAUCCCUUGAAAUCCUGCGUUAUAAAAGAACGAGGCAUUCGUACAUUAAUACUAUCAAGUAUACAACGAAAAGAUAAGAAAUAUCUGAAGCUACGAACAUUGGAAGAGUUGACUGCACAUCCAACGUGUCAAAAGAUGUAUACUCGAGAAUCGAAUAUCAAAUCCGCGUUGAAAAAAUCGGUAGAAGAGUGGCGAAAAAAUCGUAAAAGGAGACAAGAUGGACGCUCGUUUGAUUUUUCAACGAACUGUUUCUUUUGUUCAAAGCCCAAAUAUUCCCAUCAAGUGUGCAGUAGCGUCAAGAAACAAAGCACCAUUGACAAUGUCAUGGAACAAUUAGAAUCUUACCCGAAAACUGAAAAUAACAAAAUCAUAUUUUCGCGUCUAAUUACAUUAAGAAACAAAGAUGAUAAUUAUUACCUUGAAAAUAACGUUAUUUAUCAUAAAAAAUGUCUGUCCCGAUUUUAUCAGUACAGCCCGCAAAAUAUUAAGGGAAGACCGGUUAGCGAAAGUAUGGAUGAUUUAGUAAUUUUCAUCAUUAAUUACAUACUGGGAAAUAGCAAAGAGUGCCAAUUUUCAUUAAGAGCGAUUAUAGAAGAGUACAUCAGUGAACAUGGACAAAUUGACAUACCCCGACUCGAUAGAAUUGAGCACCAUUUGAAAAAACACUUCGAUGAUGAGAUAGCAGUUCAUUCAACUGGGCACGAUCGGAUUAUCUGUUACAAGCGAACUUUGGGAAAAAACCUAGAUGAUGAUUGGUACUCCAAUCGUAAAACUAAUAAGAAAGAGGAGAAACUCAAAAUAAUUGAUUUGGCCGCCCAUAUUAUAUUGCAAGACAUUCGAGCACAGAAAUUUAAUUAUGAUACAGAAAAUUAUAACUCGCCAAUUGAUUUCAUCAAUAAUGUGGCUGAAGGCAUUCCAGAAACGUUGAAAUCAUUUCUUGAUAUUUUAAUUAAAACUCAUAAGCCCCCUUUGGAAUGUAGACCUUGCUCUAAGUGGGAGGAUGUUAUCGUCACUGUUGCCCAUACUUUAAUGUCUUCUGUUAGACCACGAUCAUUGAUUUCUAAUGAAUCUGAAACUACCAUCCAAACUGAAAGAACGAAUGAAUCUACUAUUAACGAAUCGGAAGUUUGAAAUUCCAUGCUGAAAAGAUGGGACUUGAAAAAAUACUGUUUGAAGACUGCGUUUAUAGUAUGUAUGAAAGCUGUAAAAUAAAAAUUAUUGUUUUUUAAAAAACGA